AUGAAAAGAAAUAAUUAUACAUAUCAUCCAUUAAAAGAUGAAGAUCUCAAUAUAGCAACUACUACAACAAGCCACAACGUUACCAAUAAUACUUUAAUAUGGUUAGAUGAAGAAGCAUUGAAUCCAACUUCACUUGAUAAUAUAAUGAUUACCAAUAUGUUUAACAGUAUAGCAGAUGUUAACUACAAACUGUACAACAAUUUGGAAACAUUUCUUGCAGAGAUCGGAAGUAUGCCUAAAAUAACGAAACUUAUAGUUAUUACUUCGGGAAGUUUUGCGGAAAAUCUACUUCCUGAAUUAUCUGUAUCAUUAUUACGAGAAAUAUCGUCAAUACUUAUAUUUUGCAAAGAUUCUACUAAUUGUCAAUAUUUACUGACAGAAUGUCGAAAAAUAAUGGAUAUUUGUACUGAUGAACAAUCACUAAAGGAAUCAAUUGAAAAUGAAUUACAUCCAUCGACAGAUUUUCUUCUUAUGGAUCGAAAUUUACAACCUAUAUUUAGUCUCAAAAAUAAUAAUCAAGACUUUAAUUUAUAUAAACAAUAUAUUGAAAUCUUAAAACAUUAUCCAUGGUCAUCAAAUAACAGAGAAAAGAUGCUUGAUGAAUGCAUAAAACGCUAUCGGAAGGAUAACGCUCAGAGAAGGAAGAUUGAAGAAUUUAGAAAUAGCUAUACAUCUGCAACAGCGAUUAAUUGGUACACAAGAGAUAGUUUUCUUUAUCGACUGGUCAAUAAAGCAUUGAGAUCCCUAGAUAUGGAACAGAUAAAUGUAUUUCGACCUUAUAUUAAAGAUUUAUGUAAACAAUUAGAACAUUUACAUAAACAAAAUCAAUCAGACACAUUGCUAACAGUGUUUCGUGGACAUGGGAAUAUGCCUAUGGAUCAAUUUGAAAACAUCAAAGAGAAUAUUGGUAAUUUAAUAUCAUUCAAUGGAUUUCUAUCAACUACAAGUGAUUACAAUGUUGCAGUAUUAUUUUCAGGAUCUGAGUCAACUGAAGAUAAAUCUGUCAUAUAUGAAAUUCAAACUAAUUAUAAUUUGAAAAAUGUUGUUUUUGCUGAUAUUACGCAACUUUCAGACAUAGAGGAUGAAAAAGAAUUUUUAUUUAGUCUUUGUUCUAUAUUCAGAAUCGAUGGUAUUCUAAAUGAUGAAGAAAAUCAAAUAUCAAAAAUUAUGAUGAGUGCAGUAGAUGAAGAUGCAGUAAAUAUUUUAGAACAGAUGAAGAUUGAAAUAAUUCAAGAGGAAAAGAAACAUUUCUUCGAUAGUAUAAAUCAAUACUGUCGAAAGCGAUAUAUUAUUAGAGCAUUUGCUAUCAUGUUUUUUAUCAUGAUUUUGACAUUAGGAGUAAUUUUUGGUAUCAAUAUGAAAUUAAAAGAUAAAACCUCGAGUUUAGACAACUGUGUCGGUUUAGAUUGCACGACAUUUAGCACAACAACAGGACGUCAUUCCACAUUAAAAACUGAAACUUCUGCAUCAAAACGAACUGAACCAUCGAUACUGACAACUUCAUCAAAACCGAUAAUUCCAUCAAUUUCUACUUAUAUCAGAACGAAUGGAUCAGAAGCGCCAUCAUCGGAAUAUUGUUUUCCAGUCGGAUGGGAAUCGAUAGGUGAUGAAAUAAUAAGUCAAGGGAAUUACAGAAGUUUCACUGUCGAUGAUGAUUCUAAUGUAUACGUUACAAAUAGAGCUCGCCAAAGUUUAGAAAAAUGGUCAUCCAGCAAUAAAUUAAUUCAACGAUAUUUUGACGGAAACUUUGGUGAUACUCCUUUGUUCUAUCAUUCAUUAUCUCAAUCCGUGUACUUUUGUUACACGUGGGAUGGAUACUCAGGUAUCUACAGACUUGAUGGUGACCAUUCUAAACCAAGGAAUGUUCUUAAUAAUACAAUGUCUGGAAUUGGUCAGUAUCGUAUAGAAUCAUUAUGUGACGGAUUAUAUGUUAAUUCAGGUGGGGAUAUAUUCGUAUUAUUUCGUGUCAGAAGUCAUGUCGUUAAAUGGACAGUUAAUAAUCCUACUGGAAUUUUAGUCGCAGAUGGAUAUGGAUCUGGCUUAACUUCUGGUGUGGCAGGAGUAAAAAAUGCUUUGGCAGUCGAUGAAAUUGAUAAUAUAAUAUAUUUAAUAGAUCCAAUCGGUCCUCGCAUUCUAAAAUUUACCAACAGUUCGACAACAGGAACAGUUAUUUUUGAUGGAACAACUAAGAAAGAAAUAUUUUCUGAUGUACAGUCAACGUCUAACUAUGGCUGGGCACUGAUUGCGGAUAAAACUGGCAAUAUUAUUUUAGCUACCACUGAGAAAAUAAGUCUAUUGACGUCAGAUGGUAAAUUUAAUGUAACGAUUUUGAAAGACCACCGUGCUCGUGAAGACAAGACAAUACCAGAUUCUUUACUGGAUGCAAUGGCAUUUGAUAGAUUGGGAAACCUAUAUGUUCUUGACGUAUCACAUCGAGUGCUGAAAUUUAACAGAACUUCUACUACAUGUACAAAUACUAAUUCUUAA